AUCUAUAAACUUUAAUAGUUAAUAGUUCGCCUUGUUGCAAAUAAACGAUUGAAAAUGAUUUAUUUCUGUAAAGUUGUAAUAUUUCUAUUUGUUGCUUGUGUUCGCGGUGAUCAGGGAGACACAGUUGAUGCGAGAUUUCAAAAGCUGGAACAAGAAAUCGUCAAGUUACAGAACACAGUGGUUGAUUUACAGAGACAGGUUGAUGAACAAAAUGAUGGUAAUGAGUAUAUGUCGGUGGCGUUUACAGCAGGCCUUUCAAGAACCAUAACAAACAUGGGCUCACAUCAGCAGAUUGUUUUCGACCACGUGAUCACAAACGUUGGCAACGGCUAUAGUCCGUCUCACGGUCAUUUUACGGCACCAAUAAAAGGAGUCUAUGUGUUUUUCGUAGUUAUAACAAAUACCCCAGGAUAUUCCUCCAGUGUGACGCUUUUAAGAAAUGGAGGAUGGAUUGGGUAUGCGUUAGCUCAUGGAGGAAGUCAAAACAACAAUCUGUAUGUAACGUCAACAAUAGCCGUAACAAUUGAAUUACAGCAGGGGGAUGAAGUCUGGGUUCAAAAUGAGUAUGCCUUUACAUCAGUCGAAGAGCUUUAUGGUGGCAAUUGGUCUACUUUUUCAGGACAUCUUUAUUGA